ACUGCUGUACUGAUGUCAUAAAUGUCAUAAGCACAAUAUAACUUACAGGUCAUAAGUCGUAACCAAAGCAAAAAAGCAUAUAACCUUUGAGUAAACAAAUUCAAAUACCAGAACUAAGUUUAAGCUAAAACUAGAUUAAAAUUAGCGCAAUCAAAUCGGUUUUAUUUAAACGUUUUGUGAUAGAUUGCAAGAAAAACAAUCCUAAUGAGUAAUCCAAAUAAUGUUCCUCACCUUGAUCGUGAGCUGGAUUUAUCAAACACUGGUCGUGGUGUUUGGCUUGUUAAAGUGCCAAAAUAUAUUGCAAAUAAAUGGGACAAGGCGCCAGGGGAUAUCGAGGUUGGUAAAUUGAAGAUAUCCCGUAUUCCCGGGCAAAAAGCACAAGUUCAGCUAUCCUUGUCCGAAGCUGUAUUAUGUCUCAAAGAAUCCGGCGAACAAUCCAUACCCAAGGAACAUCGCCUUGACGUGUCCAAUGUGACUAGGCAGUCUUUAGGAGUAUUCUCACAUGCAACGCCCUCAAAUACUGAUGCUGUGAUACCAGAGUCUGAAAAGCUUUAUAUGGAAGGUAGAAUAGUUCAGAAACUAGAAUGUAGGCCAUAUGCUGAUUCUAUAUAUUAUAAGUUAAAAUCUGAAUCAAUACGGAAAGCUUCCAUGCCUCAAAGACAAGUACAGCAACUAGAGAGGAUAGUACAGACCUUUAAACCUGUCUCAGAUCACAAACACAAUAUUGAAUAUCAAGAGAGGAAGAAGGCUGAAGGUAAAAAAGCCAGAGAUGACAAAGAGGCCGUCCUCAAUGUUCUUUUUGCAGCAUUUGAAAAACAUCAGUAUUAUAACAUAAAGGAUCUCCAAAAGAUUACCAGGCAACCGAUUGUAUACUUAAAAGAAAUUUUGAAAGAAGUUUGCAACUAUAAUUUGAAAAAUCCACAUAAAAAUAUGUGGGAAUUGAAACCAGAGUACAGACAUUAUAAGCAGGAAGCUCCGGUGGAACAAAAGGAAGAGAAAGAAAGUUCUGAUAGUGACUAAAUCGCAUUUAAAAAAAAUGCUUUGAAGAUGUUUGUUGAUAUGAAAAAAGUUAUUUUAUGACAACCAGGCGACUUACCUCCUAUUACCUAUAUUUUUUUUUCUCGUGAAUGUAUUAAUUCUUAUAAAUUUUAAGCAAACCUUGUUCUAAUAACGAACACAAAAAAGACAUAAUUUAGUACAGUCGAUUGGAAGAUAUGUACGUACAUAUAUUUUGGCUAUUCGUUGUAUAGAUGUUUUGUAUAAUAAUAUGUUAUAAUAAGACUAUUUUUAAUAAAAACCAUUGUUAAAUGA